AGUUGAGAAGUUGUCUGAUCGUACAAGCAGUCAUAUAUUAAUUAACUAUUUUAUUAUUAUUAUUUUUGAGAGGAAAAAAAUAGUUCUAUCAGCGGGCGUGCAGUGGUCUCUGCCGUCAUAACAGAGGCAAGCCAAAUUGGAAGUUUCAGGCCUUGAUUGGCGCUUUGUACACAAUGGAGGAACAAAAGCUGAAGAAGGAGGAAUCGCAAAACAACAGACCAGUCAGGGUAUAUGCAGACGGAAUAUACGAUCUCUUCCACUUUGGGCAUGCCCGUUCUCUCGAGCAAGCCAAGAAACUUUUUCCGAAUACGUACUUGCUUGUUGGAUGCUGCAACGAUGAAGUCACUCAUAAAUACAAGGGCAAAACUGUAAUGACCGACAAGGAACGAUAUGAAUCCCUUCGUCACUGCAGGUGGGUUGAUGAAGUUAUUCCAGAUGCACCAUGGGUGAUCACGACAGAGUUUCUAGAGAAACAUCAGAUUGACUAUGUAGCACAUGACUCUCUUCCAGGAUUUAGUGUUUCCUUCAACAAUUACCCAAUUUUUGUCUCUGAUUUUUAUCCAAUAGCUUGUAUAGUUAAUAUAUGCAUACUUGAUUCCUGUUCAUUACAGAUACAAAUUGUAGCUAGAACAGCUGGCCAGCAUCGUAACACCUGGGUUGAGAAUGCUGAUCGAUUAGUUGCCGGGUUUCUCGAGAUGUUUGAAGAACGCUGCCAUAAAAUGGGAACUGCAAUAAGGGAGCGGAUUCAAGAGCGUCUAAGGGGACAGCAUUUGAUAGGAUUCAUCUACGAUAACGAUGAUGAUGAUGAUGAAUACUACUACGAUGAUGAAUCUGAUGAAGAAGAAUACUGAGAUGAUGAGGGCUUUAUUGUUGAAUUAGAUCAUGGUGUUUGACUGUUUGUUUACAUACAAUUAGAUUGAAGUUGAUAGACAACAGACAUGGUUUUGCAGAAUUUGAUUUGGGGUGAGAAUUUAUUACUAAAUAGAACAAAGUUUGUUUCUAUAAAUUUUAGAGCAAGAAAUUUCUGUUAGGUGUGUCAUAAGGUAGAAAUGACUUACUAUAAAAGUUGGAUGUUAAAUGUGAUGUGAAUAUUUUGUCA